AUGAAAGAUUUAUAUAAUUAUCAUGAUGAUAGUAUAAUUAUCAUUGGUGAACAUAAACAAAGAUCAUCAAAACCACUUGAAUGUAAAUUAUAUUUAUGUAAUUUAAUACGUAAACAACUUGAACAUGAUCUUAAUUCUCAAAGUGUAGCAUCAGAUGAAAAAUUAAUAUUUUAUGGUUCAGAAAAAGGUUAUAAUAAAUCGAAAAUAUCAGUAUUUGAUCAUGAUUUACCAUUACAACUAACAUUUGAAUCUGGUGUUGAAAUACGAAGUUUAGCUGUUGAUAUGCAAUCUUGUUAUACAUUAGGAAAAAGACAAGAACGUGAACUAGGAAGAUAUUUUGUUAAAAAAAGACAAAAAUGUUAA